UAGUAAAUGAUAGCAUUACUUAGCAGGACUAAUCGUGGAACAAUGAAAAAAUAGUUGUUUGCCAUACCAUGGCAUUCUCCUUGCAGCUUCCCUUGGCAGGCACAACCUUAACGUUAGCGUUGGAGCGUGACAGCUUCAAGACAAAGUGCGAUGCCAAGAAGCUUCAUACCCACUUCAUCAAAACUGGGAAGCACUCCGAUAUCUUUCUCGCAACUAAAUUGGUUCAGAUGUAUGGGAAGUCUGUAAAUAUCGAGGAUGCGCGGCAUAUAUUUGAUGAAAUGUCUCAGCGAAAUUUAGUGACAUGGAAUGUCAUGAUUGGAGUUUAUGUUCAAUGCGGAGAAGCGGAGGAGGCGCUGAAACUCUUCCGUCUAAUGCGAAAGAAGAUGAUAAAAAUGAGCCAUUUUACUGCAAGCAGCGUUGUCAAGGCAUGCACUGCCCUCUCAGCUCUUAAACAAGGCAGGGAAUUGCAUGCCCACGUCAUAAGAAGUGGAUUUGAAUUGGAUAUUGUUCUGUACACUACCCUAAUUGAAAUGUACUGGAAAGGCGGAAGCAAACUGGAUGCAUGUAAAGUGUUUGACGAAAUGCCACUGAGAAAUGUGAUUUCAUGGAGUGUUAUGAUAUCAGGUUGUGUACAGAAUGGCUUCGAGGAGAAGGCAGUGGCUCUUUUUUCAAAAAUGCAGGAGAUGGGUUUCAAUCCCAAUCAGUACAUUUAUUCCAGUAUCAUAAAGGCAUGUGCAGGUUUGCUACUAGUGGAGCUGGGUAAACAACUACAUGCUCUUGUUUCUAAAGCUGGAUUGGAGUCAGAUGUCAUUGUUGGGAGUGCAUUAGUUGAUGGUUAUGUUAAAUGUGGGAAUAUUGAAGCAGCACAGAUUGUUUUUGGGAGAAUGUCUAGAUGGGAUGUGGUUUCAUGGACCACUAUGAUUGUGGGUUAUAUCCAGGUGGGGAGGGAUGAUGAGGCUCUCGAACUGUUCUUCCAAAUGCUGCAGCACAAUCUCAUGAAACCAAACCACUUCACAUAUUCAGCAGUCCUUAGGGCAUGCUCCGAUUUAGCUGACAUGGAAUCUGGUAAACAGAUUCAUGCACACCUUAUAAAAACAUUAUUUGAAUCAAAUGCCUCUGUAGAUAAUUCUCUUAUUAGCAUGUAUGCCAGGUGUGGAAACAUAGAUGACUCACGGAAAGUGUUUGAUCUAAUGUCGAGGAGGAAUGUGGUUUCAUGGAAUGCCAUGAUCACAGGGUAUGCUCUGCAUGGAAAUUGUGAGGAGGGGAUUAGAUUCUUUAAGCAAAUGCAACUUGCAGGGAUUAAACCAAAUCAUAUCACAUUUGUUGGUGUCCUCUCUGCUUGCAGCCAUGGAGGCCUUGUGGAGCAAGGUCGUGGCUUCUUUCAUUCAAUGAGUGUAGAUCAUGGCAUUGAAGCAACAAUGGAACACUAUGCUUGUAUGGUUGAUCUAUUUGGCCGGGCAGGUCGAUUGGAGGAGGCCUUAGAGAUUAUAAGACAAAUCCCACAAGAACCUACAGCUCUUAUAUGGCGGACUUUGCUGGGUGCUUGUAAAGUCCAUGGCAAUUUGGAGCUAGGCUAUCGUGCAGCACAGGCUCUCUUGAAAUUGGAACCUAACGAUUCUGCUACAUAUGUGCUGUUGUCAGGUAUGUAUGCUACAUAUGGCAGAUGGGAUGAUGUGGCAAAAUUAAGAAAAAUAAUGAAAGACAAUGGUGUGAGAAAGGAGGAUCCAGGGCACAGCUGGAUUCAGAUCAAGAAUAGGGUUUAUGUAUUUCUUGCAGAAGAUAGAUCAAACCAACAAACAGAAGAAGUUUAUCCAAUUAACGAUGCAUAAAAUUGACAAAGCAAUUGGACAAGGUAGGAAGUAUGAACAAGAAGAUAGAUCAAACCAACAAACAGAAGAAACUCAUCUAAUUAAUGAUGGAUAAAAUUGACAAAGCAAAUGGACAAGAUAAGAAAUAUGGACAAAAAGAUUAUGAGAUAGAGCAGGGAGAGGCUGGUUAUUGCUUUUGGGCCUAUCAGCACACCCCUUGAAGCAUUUGCAAAAGAUAUUCGACUACCAUGCUACUAUAAAGUUGUCCUCUAACGUCAUCCCUAACCGAUGUUACAAUUCCGGGGUGGAGAAAGUCCUUGCAGUGGUUGUUGCUGAUAUUUAUUAGUUGAGCAAUGAGUUUCAUCUAGUGCAAAUACAUGGAUAGCAGUACAUUUGGUUAUCUAACCACCUCUUCACUGUAUAUUAAGUCCCAUUUAGUAGAUAUCCUAUAUGCUUUGUACAACUACUAAGAAUUUAUACGAUCCCUUUUUCAUCUUUA